AUGGAUUGGGACUCGGCAAGCUUUGGCGCAGUGCUGAAGCAGCUCGACGGGCCGCAUGCGCAGCCGGGCUCCAUCAAGAAGGCAUGCGCCGCCGUGGAGGACUGCAUCGCCAGCAACAAGGACAACCUCCGCGGCUUCUUCGAGUUCUGCUUUCCCGUGCUGCUGAAGCGCGUGUUUGGAUAUGACGACGUGGAGGCCAGCUGGCUCAACACAGUCACAAAGUCCCACCGUGACGAGGACGCGCGCGCGCUGAUGCGGCUGCUGUCGCCGCAGGGCGCGCUGUUCGGGGCGAUGCACGCAGCAGAUGCCGACCGACUGAUCCACUUCCUGUUCCCGCCAGAGCGGCUGCCGGCGCACACACAGGCGCGUGCGGCCGGACUGCAGGGGCGCUCCGUCGCGGCGCACGCCGCGCUGUUCGUCGUCGAUGGCGGGACGCAUGCCUGCGCGGCGCGCGGCUGCCGGGGGCUGGGGCUCCGCACCGGCGGCUGGGCACCCCUCGCGCGAAGCGCCUUGCCCCUGUCCCUCCGCCCCCUGAGCAGCGUCCCCCCUUGGUCCGCGCGAGCUGCUGCUGACCGCCGGCGGUCGCGCUGA